CGAUGUUUGUUCUAACGGAACGACGUAAGCAAAAGGCUAAUAACAUUUAUCUCAGGUCAAUAACGCCGACCAACGCAUGAAACGCCUUCGGAAACUUGGCAUCCUCGCUGGUACCUUUGAAGACGGUUCCUUAUCAAUCUAUGCUGUGCCAGAUCCAGUGGAUGUUACGCCUCAAAAUCACAAUCAUUCUCAGCCUGUCUUUGUAAGGUUGCCAGAACCUCUUUUACGGAUUGAGCUGGAAGAUACAUCCUGCUGGACACUCGACUGGGCAAACAGUGAAGUGAUCGCAGUUGGAUGCACGAAUGGAAAUCUUGCUGUUUACAAUAUACGGCAAGCGUUAGAUACUGGAGAUGGCCCCAAUAUUUUUCCUACUCAUUUAUUAACGGUUCAUCAGUCGGCGUUUCGUGCUCUGGCUUGGAUACGUAUACCUCCUGUAUCAGGAUCGGGGACCCCGAUGACCACGGAAGACCCGACUGUCAUAGCAAGUGGUGGAUACGACGGGGUGGAAUGUCUAACAGAUAUUCGAGAGCCGCAAGGGAACGUGAUGAACCGUACUAGAGAUGUCAUCAACAGCGUGACAUACUCACCAUACGCCGGAGGACCGAUCAUGAUCGACCACGACAACUCUGUCAAGGCGUAUUCUGUUUCGCCUACUAUGCUUGGCAGAGGACAUGUGUUACUUGAGCCUAAUGGACCCGUUUGGAGCGUCAGUGGAUCCGAUUAUCACCCACAACUCGCAGUUGGCUCUGCAGAUGGUGCGUGUUUAACAACAAAUACCUUAAGAGCCACAAGGAGGGGAGGUCCCUUUUUCGUGCACAAGAUAUUCCAAUUGGACUAUAGUCGCAAUACUGGCGAAUUUCGCAUGCUGGAGCAUUUUCUACCUCAGGAAUCCCAAGAGAAGCCGACAAACACGAAACUGAAAGACAACACGCAGGCUAGAAAAGACGAAGAUGGCGUAGCAACAGGCAGCACAGGCGUAUGGCCACCCGAGGUUGGUAUUCAUCGCGUUGCUUGGAAUAGCGCAAAUGGAUUGGGCGGUGCACCCUGGCUUGCGUCUGCUACUGCAUCCGGUUUAUGUAGAAUUGAUUGGCUACUCGGGAGGUGGAUAAAAGAUAAAGUUCCCUAUGGAAGCGUGGAAGCUAUCCGACAGGAUAUAGUUGGGUCAGGUGAAUAUGAAUCUGAUUAACGUUCUGCAAGUGUAAAAGCCUUUCCUGGCAUCGUUAUCACUGGUAAUUCCAUCAAUAGGUGAAAGCAGUU